CGCCCUGUACCCUCAGCUAGGGUGUCGAGGACCUGAUCCAACGUUAACGUGAUCCGUGGAACUGGCAACGUUUGCUGAGCCUGCAGUCCGGAUUGAAAUGUCAAUGCUGUCCGCAGUCUUUUGGCCAGGUUGGUAUCGGGCCGACGUCUCUGAACCCGAGCAAAAAGUCCAGUGCGGUACUGAGUACCCCCGACCACAAGGGCUACACGGAUACGAAGGAGGAAUGCGGAAAGUUAAAGCCAUUGGUGGCUGA